ACUACGGAAUUUAGUUGCAUGAGGGUAGCCUGAGAAAUCAACAAAAAUGGCAGCCUCCGAAGCGACGAGUUUCCCUUAUAAAUUAGAACUUGAGCCCCAGAAACAAAGUGUUUUUGUCACGCAGCUAGGAGAGCGAGGUGAUGAAGAAGAUGACAAUGUCAACAGAUAUCCAAUUGUGAAAGAGUCUGCAGGCAAACUCAUAGAGACUGGACUCAACACUCUGCAGAAAACUCUACUCCUUAAACGAGAAGUAGAGGUCGAUGAUGUCACGCAAGAACUCCGGACAAAACGCAUCCAGUUCCAGAAGCGAAUGGAAGAGUGCGAGAAGAAAAGGGUAGAUCUACAGAAAAAGCAACAGUUGAUGAAAGACAGAGUGGAAAAGUUUGACAAAUUCAUCUCAGAGACGGAGGCCAAGAGGAGAAGAGCAAUCCAUAAAUACCAGCAGGAACUGAAAGUCAAAGAACAGAAACAAUCAGAAUAUGAUCUACUUCUUCAGCAGCUGGAAGAGUUAAAAACAAGACAUAACAAGCUCAAUGAAAAGAUCAAGAAAUACAAAAAGUUUGAAGAAUUCCUAAUGAAAGUACUUGACAACAUUCCAGAGAAUUAUUUAGAAGUUAAUGAUGACAUGUUGAGAAGCAUCAUGGACAGACAUCGGACUCUGAGUUUUACCAACUAUUCCUUGGUCAAUAGGGUCCAGUCCAUGUACGAUGAAGUUGAUGAGAAAAAUCUUCAUUUAGAUGAACUCAAGUACAAACAUGAUCAGAGCAUACUGGUGAUCAACAAGGAUCUAGCAGAAAUGCAACAUCUACAGGAGGAGAGGAUUGAUAUGAAUGCUGAGCUGGAGGAAAUGAUCUUUAAUGAUGCAUUCGCUUAUCGAGACCAGAGUGAGACCUUGGGAAGAAUAAAGAUGGCAAUCAACAACCUGGUGGAGAAAUGUCACAAGAAACAUGAUGAACCAAUGGAGACGCUAGACUACGAAGAGAAGCUUCAUUUGAUCAUGAAUUUUGUAGUAGACAAGAUCCAUGUAGAGAGAAUGGCCAGGCAAGGCUUCGUUGUUUCAUCCGCAUCAUCAGGUAAACGAGAGAGAUCAAGAACAAAACUAGAGCGAACGUGAGAGAGUACUCCCUUUCAGGCGACCCAGAGUGGUGUCAUAAGUACAUGUUUGUAAUUGGUCAGAUAUACCAUGGGGUAUCAUGUAGUCCCCUUCAUUGGUUCCAUGUAUAGAGAGAAUGAUCAGAGGCAUGCUCUCCCAUGUUGUUAAUACUGUCAUUUGAUUGGCUCAUAGCUAUUCAUGGUAUCACUCUUACUAUACACCCACCCUGAGAUGUCCAUUUGAAAGAGGCUCUUCAACCUAUUAGAGAUUCUUGACUAAUAUGUGAUCGUAUUCCAUCAUUUGUGAAUGUGUUUGGCUGUCUGGCUCCUUGGUAUGCAUCAUCAUCAUCAAAAGAAAAGUUGGUUGCUUAUUAGCAUCAUAAAAGGUGUCAAUGUCAUUGUAUAUGGCAUCAAAUCAAAUAAUUCUGUGAUGAGAAAUACAUUGAAGAACUGGGACCCAUUUUACCAAGCAUGAUUGAUUUAAUAAUUCUCAACAAUGAGCCAACAACAUGAUUAUCUAGAAUGCGUGUAUGCCUUUCAAAUCAUGUCCACAUGAGAAGUUCUCAUGCAUUUUCAUUGUUUUUAUCCAUCAGCAUGAUUCUUCUUGAUUACAAAGGGACAAGUGUAUACACUUAUAGACAAAUCCAUAGUCGAGGUUGAUUGGAUCAAUCACUUUCCUUUGUGAGACAAGGCUGUGGGUUCGGGGCCCCGUUGUAUAAAAGGUACUAUUAUGGUAACUUUGCCAUGCAAUGUUAAUUUCCCUGAAAUCUUUGAUUCUGAUUGGCUGUUGAUCAUCGUUACCAUGAUAGUUACCAUUGGAUAGCAAAGUUACCAUAUUGGUAACUU